GUGCCGGUGUCCUACUGCUGGAGCCCGACGCUGCUGCCGCAGCCGGCCGACUGGCCACAGCGCGCUGAGGUGGUGGGCUUCUGCCAGCUGGAGGCCUCCGAGCGCAUGCACUACUCUCCGCCAGAGGACCUGGUUCAAUUCCUGGAAGCUGGGCCGCCCCCUGUGUACAUCGGCUUUGGCAGCAUGACGCUCAGCCGGCCUCACGAGCUUGCGAGGACGGUGUUUGCUGCUGUCAAGGAGAUGGGCGUGAGGGCAGUCAUUGGAGCAGGGCUGGGAUUGGUGGAGGCAGAGGAGAUCCCCGAGGGGGUGUAUGUUCUGCAGCAGCGCUACGUGCCCCACGACUGGCUGUUCCGGCAGUGCGCCGCAGUUGUUCACCACGGCGGCGCAGGCACGACGGGGGCUGGGCUGGCAGCAGGCUGCCCGACGAUGGUGGUGCCAUUCUUUGGGGACCAGGCGUUCUGGGGCGAGAUGUGCCGCCGAUCCGGCGUCGGCCCCGCGCCGGUAGCCGUCGAGAAGCUCAAAGUGGAGCACCUGACUGAGGGCCUCCGCUUCCUCAUGCAGCCUGAG